AUGGCGAACCCCCUAGCCGGGCUGCAGGACCACCUCAAGCACGCGCGCGACUACGCGCUCGAGGGCCUCUACGACACAUCCAUCAUCUUCUUCGACGGCGCCAUCGCGCAGAUCAACAAGCAUCUAGCUAAUUUAGAUGACACCUUUAUCCGCACAAAAUGGAUGAACUGUAAGAAAGCUAUAAGUGAAGAGGUAGAGAUUGUUAGGCAGCUCGAUACCCAAUUGAAGUCAUUUAAAGAAGCCCCUGGGACAAUGCGGUCCUCGUCGCCUCCUAUUCGCUCUAAUAAUAAAUCAUUUCUGUUCCAACCAUUGGACGAGUAUCCAACAUCAUCGCCAUCAACCUUUGACGACCCUGAUGUGUGGGCACCUCCAAGAGAUACAAAUACACCAAACCGAAGGUCAGCAAGAGGCCAAUCUAGUGCAAGAAAAUCCUCCCAAGAUGGAGCUUGGGCACGGGGUCCAUCAAAGACUGGAACACCUAGCCGUGGUGCAAAACCCAGCGGAAGUAAAGCAAACUCUGCGGUAAGAUCAUCAACUGCUUCAAGCACUGGCGGGAGGAAAGGAAAAUCAAGUUCGAGCAAGGCUGAUUCAGCGAGCAGCGAUGCUGAAGAAGGUAAGUCCAAGAAGGCACAGUAUGAAGGACCGGAUGGGGACUUAGCUGCCAUGCUUGAAAGAGAUGUUCUAGACUCUACCCCAGGAGUGAGAUGGGAUGAUGUUGCAGGACUUAGUGAGGCCAAAAGACUCCUUGAGGAAGCAGUUGUGCUUCCUCUCUGGAUGCCUGAAUAUUUUCAGGGUAUUCGUCGACCUUGGAAAGGGGUUCUUAUGUUUGGCCCACCAGGUACCGGGAAGACCCUUCUAGCUAAGGCAGUAGCUACAGAAUGUGGAACAACAUUCUUUAAUGUUUCGUCUGCAACAUUGGCUUCGAAAUGGCGGGGGGAGAGUGAGCGCAUGGUCCGUUGUUUAUUUGAACUUGCAAGGGCCUAUGCUCCAAGUACAAUCUUCAUUGAUGAAAUAGACUCCCUAUGCACAUCUCGUGGAGCUUCUGGUGAGCAUGAAUCAUCGAGGAGGGUAAAGUCUGAACUUCUAGUGCAAAUAGAUGGUGUUAACAAUAGCUCUACCAAUGAAGAUGGUCAGCCGAAAAUUGUUAUGGUUCUGGCAGCUACCAACUUUCCAUGGGAUAUUGAUGAAGCACUCAGGCGGAGGCUGGAAAAGCGUAUCUACAUUCCACUUCCAAGUUUUGAAAGCAGAAAAUCACUCAUCAGCAUAAAUCUUAGAACGGUUGAGGUAGCUACUGACGUUAACAUCGACGAAGUCGCACGAAGGACAGAAGGGUAUAGUGGGGAUGACCUGACAAAUGUUUGCCGUGAUGCUUCGAUGAAUGGUAUGAGGCGAAAGAUUGCAGGCAAGACCCGUGAUGAGAUCAAGAACAUGUCAAAGGAUGAUAUCUCAAAGGACCCGGUAGCCAUGUGUGACUUUGAAGAAGCUUUGGUCAAGGUCCAGAAGAGUGUGUCGCCCUCUGAUAUCGAACGGCACGAGAAGUGGAUGGCCGAGUUUGGAUCUGCUUAA